AUGAAUCCUACCGCAGACUACCCCGAGUCUCGCGUGCUCAUCAUCAUGACCGGCGGCACCAUCUGCAUGCGCCCGUCCGCCGACGGUCUCGUCCCCAUGGACGGUUUCCUCGAGAGCGCCAUGGCCCCACGACCCUCGUUCAAUGACGGCCAACCGGCGACGCAACUGACGGCCCUCAAGGACGGCCAGCCGCUCGCACUCGCCAGCCUGCGCACGCCCGUCAGCGCGUAUGCCCGGCACAUCCGAUACGCCGUGCUCGAAUUUGCGCCGCUGCUGGACUCGAGCUCGAUCUCGUCGGCCGGCUGGACGGAGAUCGCGCAGACGAUCCACGCCAACUACGACCGCUUCGACGGCUUUGUCGUGCUGCACGGCACCGACUCGCUCGCCUACACGGCCUCAGCCCUCUCGUUCAUGAUGGCCGAUCUGGGCAAGCCCGUCGUGCUGACCGGCUCCCAGGCUUCCAUCUUUGCGCUGCAGAGCGAUGCCGUCGAUAAUCUGCUCGGCUCGCUCAUCGUCGCCGGCACCUUUGUCGUGCCCGAGGUCUGCCUCUUCUUCCAUCACACCCUCUUCCGUGGCAACCGCACCACCAAGGUGUCCGCCUCCGCUUUCGAGGCCUUUGCUAGUCCCAAUGCCACCCCCCUCGCCCGCGUCACUAGCCUCGGCGUCGAUGUCGCCUGGCCGCGUGUUCGCCGUGCUACCCGCAUCGCUCGCUUCGCCGUCACUCCCUAUCUCGACACCGCUCACGUCGCCUGCUUUCGCAUCUUCCCCGGCAUCAUGCCCGAGAUGCUCGACUCCGUCCUCCGCGUCCCUGGCCUUCGCGGCCUCAUCCUCGAAACCUUUGGCAUGGGCAAUGCGCCCGGUGGUGUCGACGGCAGCCUCACUCGCGUCAUCCGUGACGCCGUCCUCCGUGGCAUCGUCGUCGUCAACGUCAGCCAGUGCACCAACGGCUUCGUCAGCCCGCUUUACGCUCCCGCCACCGCCCUGAGCCGUGCUGGCGUCGUCUUCGGCCAUGACAUGACUACCGAGGCCGCCCUGACCAAGCUCUCCUAUCUGCUCGCCCUCGACGGCCUCUCCGUCGCCGACAUCCAGACUCGCAUGGGCCGUUCGCUUCGUGGCGAGAUGACCGUCUUGACUGAGCCCGUCUUCACCCAUCCGCCUGGCGUCUACGGUGGCUCUGACGAGGAUGACGAGCUUCGCGAAAACCCAGAUGCCGCCACCAGUGCGCUCGCUCUGCGUCGCGUUCCCGGCCUCUCGGCCGUAGAAUCUGCCUUUGCCGUUCUCGGUUACGCUAUCGCCAACGGUGAUCUCCAAGCUGUUCGCCGCAUGCUCCUCGCCGAUGACGGCAGCAUCGCCGCCAGCUUGCACCCCUACGAGCUUCUCAAGGCCGCUGACUACGCCGGCAACACCGCCCUGCAUCUCGCCGCCAUCGGCCCCGACACCCGCGUCUUGCACGAGCUGCUCACUCAAGGUGCCAGUGUCCACGUCCGCAAUCGUGCCGACAACACGCCGCUCUUCCUGGCCGAGAAGAUGGGCCGCUCCGAAAACGUCCGGCUGCUGCGUGAUGCAGGUGCUCGUCUGUGGCAGGCCGAGGAAGACAGACAGAAGGCAGAAAGCAGCUGA